CAGAGAGCGUCUGUGUGUGGGCAUCCAAGAGGUCAGGGCUGAGAAUGGGCCGCACCUCGGGGACCCAGAAGACCAUGCCCUGCCUGAAAGCCCGGCCUGAAGGCCCGAAGGACCUGCCCUAACACAGCCUCGGCAGCUCUGGUGAUUCCUACUUGGGCUCCUCUCUGCACACGCGGCUCCUCAACAUGAGGCAGAGUCUCCACCUGGCCUGGCUGUGCCUGAGCCUCUUGGCCGGAAGGAUGCGUGUCCAGGGGAGCCGGCUCCCCAGGGAGGUCAGCAGAAGUGACAAGCUCUCCCUGCCCGGCUUUGAGAACCUCACUGUCGGAUAUAACAAGUUUCUCAGGCCCAAUUUUGGCGGAGAACCAGUUCAGAUAGCCCUGACUCUGGACAUCGCUAGUAUUUACAGUAUUUCAGAGAGUAACAUGGACUACACGGCCACCAUCUACCUCAGACAGCGCUGGACAGACCAGCGGCUGGUGUUCGAAGGCAACAAGAGUGUCACCCUGGAUGCACGCCUCGUGGAGUUCCUCUGGGUGCCGGACACGUACAUUGUGGAGUCCAAGAAGUCCUUCCUCCAUGAGGUCACCGUGGGAAACAGGCUCAUCCGCCUCUUCUCCAACGGCACAGUCCUGUACGCCCUCAGAAUCACGACGACUGUGGCGUGUAACAUGGACCUGUCUAAAUACCCCAUGGACACACAGACAUGCCAGUUGCAACUGGAAAGCUGGGGCUACGACGGCAGCGACGUGGAGUUCAGCUGGCUGCGCGGCAACGACUCUGUGCGGGGCCUGGAGAACCUGCGGCUGGCGCAGUACACCAUCCAGCGGUACUUCACCCUCGUCACCAGGUCGCAGCAGGAGACAGGAAAUUAUACGCGGCUGGUCUUGCAAUUUGAGCUCCGGAGGAAUGUCCUGUACUUCAUCUUGGAAACCUACGUUCCUUCCACUUUCCUCGUGGUGUUGUCCUGGGUUUCGUUUUGGAUCUCCCUCGAUUCCGUGCCUGCAAGAACCUGCAUCGGAGUGACCACCGUACUGUCAAUGACCACACUGAUGAUCGGGUCCCGCACUUCCCUUCCCAACACCAACUGCUUCAUCAAGGCCAUCGACGUGUACCUGGGGAUCUGCUUUAGUUUCGUGUUUGGGGCCCUCCUGGAAUACGCAGUUGCCCACUACAGCUCCUUACAGCAGAUGGCGGCCAAAGAUAGGGGGAUGCCGAAGGAGGUGGAAGAAGUCAAUAUUACUAACAUCAUCAACAGCUCCAUCUCCAGCUUUAAACGGAAGAUCAGCUUUGCCACCAUUGAAAUUUCUGGUGAUAACGUCGACUACAGCAACUUGACUAUGAAAACCAGUGACAAGUUCAAGUUUGUCUUCCGAGAUAAGAUGGGAAGGAUUGUUGAUUAUUUCACAAUUCAAAACCCCAGUAAUGUGGAUCGAUAUUCCAAACUACUGUUUCCUUUGAUUUUUAUGCUGGCCAAUGUAUUUUACUGGGCAUAUUAUAUGUAUUUUUAAGAGGACAUUAAAAAUUUUCCUUCAACGGAAGGAAAUAAUGAUAUAAA